GAACCGGCGCCUUCUCCUUGCUUCUUGGGGUCGUGGCCUUGCUCCCGCUGUGCGAGGCAAGCGUUCGGCCUCGUCCACGCGCGUGUGUGCGCGUGGGCCCUGUAGUGCUCGUGGGUCCACGCUAGGACUUUGCGGGGACAGAAGAAGCCAUGGGCGGGACCUCCAGCACCCGCCGGGUCACCUUCGAGGCGGACGAGAAUGAGAACAUUACCGUGGUGAAGGGCAUCCGGCUUUCGGAAAAUGUGAUCGAUCGUAUGAAGGAGACCUCUCCAUCAGGCUCGAAGUCUCAGCGGUAUUCGGGUGCUUAUGGUGCCGCAGUUUCUGAUGAAGAACUGAAAAGAAGAGUAGCCGAGGAGCUGGCUCUGGAGCAAGCCAAGAAAGAAUCCGAACAUCAGAAACGACUAAAGCAAAGCAAAGAACUGGAUCGAGAGAGGGCUCUUGCCAAUGAGCAGUUAACCAGAGCUAUUCUCCGUGAGAGGAUAUCAAGUGAGGAGGACCGCACAAAGGCAAAGCACCUGGACAUUGAUGUCAAAGCUAAGCUGCUGGAACAGAAAGAUCGAGUGAUAAAGAGGCAGGAUGCAUUCUACAAAGAGCAGCUGGCUAGACUGGAAGAGAGGAGCUCAGAGUUCUACAAAGUCACCACUGAACAAUAUCAGAAAGCUGCUGAAGAGGUGGAAGCCAAGUUCAAGCGGUAUGAGGUCCACCCUGUCUGUGCGGAUCUGCAGGCCAAAAUCCUCCAGUGUUACCGCCAGAACUCCCAGCAGACCCUCAGCUGCUCUGCGCUGGCCAACCAGUACAUGCGCUGCGUCAACCAGGCCAAACAGAGCAUGAUUGAGAAGGGAGGAUAAAAUCAACUUUACAACAAGCAAAGCUCCUUCAACGUUAAUUCCAGAGGUGGAACGUUUUUCCCUAGUAAGAAAGCAACCUAUUUAAAGAGAGAAGACGCCACAGAGAAGCACAUCGCAGUUUGGCCAACGAUCUGCAAAGCCAAGGCCCAGGCCAGCCAUCAGCCGAGAAAGACCCGCUGCCUGCCAGACCCCAUCCGUGAGGCAGGCGCAGGGCAGCCCCUCGCCUUUUGUGCGUUCUAGUCAGCUUUCUCUCCUCACCGAGCCAUCCUGUGGUGAACCUCCACUCCAGCAGAGCGCGUGGGCUGGGAUCGGGUGCGGGGAUCCGAGUGGGGGUGGGCAGAGCACCCCCCGGCGGCGGCAGUGCUGGGCAGAAUCGCCCAGACUGCGGCGUGUUGGGUUUCGUUUCCCCCCUCGACUGGGAGCUGCUCCUGUUACCUUAUUGCGAUCAUGUAAAGAAGACAAAACGGAGAGAAAGGCCCCCUUUUACUGGAAUAAUGUUUGUGAUUACAUGUGAAAUAAGGCAUUUUUUAUCACAAAAGGCAGCCUUGGCUUGUAUAACUGCUUCUCUGUUAUGAAUACUGACACCUUGACUUCACUCACUAUCAAUAAUAAAUAUAUUUUCUGACGAAGAC